ACAGCCCUCCGUUAGGCUGCGUGCAACGAAAUCGAGCCCCAACACAGUCUACCGACCUGUGCUCUUCUCAUUGCCAAUCUCUUACGAUUUUGCCCGUAUAUUGCAUAUUUUGCUUGAUACUACUACAUCUGCCCACUAUCGUUCGCCUCUAUUUCCAACUGGAUAUAUUUGUUUGGCGAAAUCCGAGAUCGGUUUGACAUGAUUAUUGCGACCCAAGCACUCAACAAAGAAAGAUACUCCGUUUCGGAACUGAAGCCUGAUCAAGCAGGAUAUUCAGUGCUACGAUGGUGCCCCAACGGAACUACUACGCCGACUUGGAACUGCCUCCAACGGCAGAUGUCACAGAGAUCAAAAAGCAGUUCCGAAAGCUAGCUUUGAAAUAUCAUCCUGAUCGCAAUCCCGGCCGAGAACAAGAGGUCAACUCACAGUUUCAAAUCAUCCAAGCCGCCCACGAAGUACUUAGCGAUCCUGAGGCCAAGGCCAAAUACGACGCCUCUUUUGCACGAUCUGCGGCCUCUAGAUAUCCUGCCUCUUCCGGCGUGAGAGGAAACCCUUGGCAAAACGUUAGCCAGCAGUUCCCUACUCCACCUCGACGUGGUCAGCCACGAACAGCCACUUCAGGGGCGCAGAGAUGGAAUGAGAGGUUCUCUGCCGGCGUGCCCCCAACCGCCAAACAACAAACUACACCGGCAACGGCUGCACGAGCUUUCGAAAGCAUGCGAAAAGGCGGUGCCAAGAGUGGGCAGCAAGACCGCCCCGUCCCUCCACCUCCUCCACCACCUCGAACUGAGGGGGCUAAAAAGCGAGCUGAGGCAUCCUUCGGGGCCAAGAAGACCGGAUACUAUCCUCGGUCAAACACCCCUGGCGAUGAGCCACCGGUUACCAACAACAACUACUCCUCCUCCCGUAUGAACGCUGAGAGAGCAGCAGAACCAGUAUCCGAUCCCUUGGCCCAAUUUAGGGAGAAAAUUCGCACCGAAGAAAGUUUCAUGGCCCCUCAACAGAGCUCCCCAUAUACUAAAGAUGGGGGCGAAGAGGCCAGCCCUUCUGACAGCAGUCCCUUGAACCAAGAUAAGGGUGCCAAGGAUCCAUCUCGCAAAGAGCAACGCUCAGAACCAGCGAGUCCACCAACACCCAAGCGUCGCAGCUCUAGUAUACCACGGAGAGAGUCGAGAGGCGGAGCCCAGAGGAGCCAAAACGAGACAGGGGCCGAUGGGAGACCUCGGGUUGUCCCUGUUCCUCCUAGUUCACGUCCCAAUUCACGGCCUACUUCCUCGUACAGAGCUCCAAGUGAGCCGGAUGCAACACCAAAUGGCAGUGCAUUCACUGCCAAUCAAUCGACCAAUAUAUUCACUGCCAAUCAACAAUCUAAUACAUUCACUGCCAACGAAUCAAACCAAUCAUCUUCUAAUCACAUGCCUUUCAAUAAACCUGCAACUCCAGUCAACGGAGUGAAAGACCCAUCAAUGUAUGCAAUACCUCAAAAAGACAAGCCAGCUGGCUCUUCACUACAUGCCAGCACUAUCUUCACUGAUAAACUCCAAAUGACUCCAUCACCAAAACACAACAUUGCCGAAGUCGGCUCCAAGUCAAAGACUGAAAUGCGUGUCCCUAGUGGAAUGCACGAUAUAGCUCACAAUCUCUCCCCUUUCGAACAGAAACAAUAUGACAUUCUGAAAUCCUUGAUACAAAACCGAGAUGGCGCUGUUUCAGCUCGAAGCAAUAAACCACAUCACCGCACUACUUUCAGUCCUAAAGAAUCUCCCGCAGAAGAAUCGAAUGCUAACAAUGGCUUACCGAGCAGCUUCAAUUUUAGUCUAGACGAUGAUACUUUCGUACCGGAUGCCCCAGGAACCGCCCAAUUUCGAAAAAGUAGCAGCGUUGAUGGAAUUAACACAAACUUUGUCAAGGACAAUACCGCAGCUACUUGGUAUUUUAGUGCUGGAAGUGGAGAUAAUGAUUCUCUUCCUCAGAACCGUUCUCGGUCAACCAACAAAACCCAGAGCCGUUCUCAGUCAACCAACAAAAAGGAUGGUUGCUCCCCGAUCAGACGUCGGCCAGUCGCCACGCCUAAGGCGCCCAACUUUGGAACUCAAGCUACCCAGAACUCAACCGUCUUUGACCCAGAGCGAUACAAAUUUGAGCCGCAGAUGUUUGCCCCCCCUCGACCCAGCACCCCCAAAAAGUCAGGGUCACCCACGCGGACGAGUCAAGUGAACGCUAAAAAGGCACCAAGAACUCCGAGUAGUGACGAUAGCCACUAUGCUUGGAGAGGCCGCAACGCUCAACCAAAAGCUGCAACGGUUAGCAGUCCACAAGCGAUGGAUAUUGACUCCCCGCCGGCUACCUCUCCCUCCGCGACUCCUAUUUCUACCCCACCUCCUCUUGUGCCAACUACUCCUUCUGUGACUUCUACUCCAGCUCCCGUUCCGCCCCCCAUUAUCCCAUCGCAUCCUCACCACCAGCAUCACUCCCCUGUCGCAAGGAAUAUUCAUGUUGAGCCAUCGCGUCCGGAAUGGCGACCUGGAAACGUUACUGGUCUUGGCCAAGCACAGAGGCAGCCUGAGGAAAGGAAAGAAAUUCCGAUCAAUUUUAAGGGCUCUGAAGAUAGCGAGGAAUUCCGGGCAACCUUUGAAGACUUCAAGAAUGUUGCGCCUUUUGCGCCACCCAAACCUGGCCUUAAAUCAUUCACUGAGCUCAAGGACAAUCUGCCUUUUGAGAGCCAGGCGUCAGCAGAACUACACCUCAACGUACCUCCUCAGCCUCAACAGCUUGAACUACCCGACCCUCCAGCUGCUCCUGGGCUUCCAUUGAUGGUUGAUGGCGUGAAGCCAAACGUUACGGUGUGGACCAAAUAUCUUGAGGAGUUUGAAGGCUAUCUACGUCGCUGGGACAUUUUUAAUUCGCAAGUGGUUGAUCAUUUUGCCACACGAAAAGCCAACAUAUCAAACGCAAGGAUUUCUAAAGGCUAUUCAUUCUUAGGUGUCCGAGGCGAUACUGACGUCUUAGAAUAUUACAAUUGGGUUGAGCAGGACAAUGGAGUCCGCCGAAUAUGGCUGGCAGCUUGCGAAGAGCACGAGACACGAUUCAGAGAAUUCAUGGCGUUUAGAGAGAAGAUGAAGAUGCCGAUUUAAACGAGACGACGAGGAUUUUUCUCCCACCUUUCUUCUUCUUUUUUUCUGGGUAGGCGUUUGGUCAAUAGAUUUCAACGAGUAACAUGCGAUAGCUGAGAGCCAUUACGUCCAUGGCAUUUGCUUAGUUUGGUUUUCCCGGUAAAGAGUUCGAUACCCAUAUCACGGCUGAUGCGCACACUUAUAUAUAUGUCUCGUGUAUGUGUGCAAUUCAGCAUAGGUUUUUUUCCCCCCUUCUGUUUUCCUUCCUACUGUUUUUCCUUCUUAUUUUAUCUGCCUUUAUUUUCGUUCU